GGGCACACGCCGCUUCUUUGGGCUGCCGGGGGAGGACACGCGGAGGUUGUGAGGGUGCUCGUGAUGACGGAAGAGGUGGACGUGAAUUUACAGGAUCGUCUGGGGAGAGCGCCACUGAUCUGGGCCGCGGCAAGAGGGUUUGACGAUAUCGUGAAGGCGUUACUAGCCCAACCAGAUAUUAUUGUCAACUCUCGAGAUUUGUUUGCCAGGACGCCCCUCGCAUUUGCAGCUUAUAAUGGGCAAGCUGAUAUGGUGAAGCUCCUUCUGUUGCGCGACGAUGUGGAUUUAUUUCCUGUGGAUAACUAUGGAAACACCCCGUUACUUCUUGCUGCUGAAGCUGGAGAAAGCUUGGUUGUGAGUAUGCUAUUAGAG